AAUAUUUUUUGGCUUAUUUUCUGCAACAUCCACUACUCUCCAUUCUAUUUCUUCUAUCCAUCAAUCAUCACACAUCCACUCUCUUAAACCUUCUUUUCCAGAUCUCUCUCUCUUCUUCUUUUCCGUGAUCCUUUUGGUCCAUCGUUCUCUCUCGAUGUCUAUCAACUUGAUCCUUUUCUCUUUCUAGAGGAAUUUCCUUUUCUUCUUUCUUUCGGCCCUAUUUCAAAGCAUUUCAUUCUCCAGAUUUUGUUUUUCCACCCAGGAGCCCAACAAAGUUCGUGAAACUCGAGGUAUUUUUUGGUAGCUUCAACAAAGAAACGUAAAGCUACAUAAGUUGAGUUAGGAAAGGGAAGUUUCUGGUAUAAUGUUGGGGGGCAACAAUGGUAACCCGCUUCCUGUUUUCCUGGACGAGACUCAAUUUCGAUAUCAAACAAAUCCAGCAAAUCAAUUGCAGUUGUUUGGAAACUUCUUAUCUGCCCCAAGCAUGGUAACAUUACCAUUUUUUGUUGAAUGUGGAUGGACCGAUGGAGGAGUGCAAUGUUAUGGCUUUUGAACUUGUCCUGUUUAGUUACAAGCUGGAUGCAGUGUUGAUCCAGUUAAUUACUUUGGAAAUGAGCAUAUCAGUCCCAUGAUUCAGCCAAACAAAAGAAGCAGGGAAAUGGAAGAUAUCUCGAAGCAGAAAAGGCUUCAGAUUUCCUUAAAUUACAAUGUCUGCCAAGAUGAUGCUGAUCGAUCAGCAAGCAUUCCGAAUCCUAAUCCUGUGUCAACAGGAUUAAGGCUUUCAUAUGAUGACGAUGAGCGCAACUCAUCUGUCACUUCCGCAAGUGGAAGCAUGAAUGCUGCACCCUCUAUCUUGCUGUCACUCGGUGAUAAUAUCAGAAGCGAGCUUGAUAGGCAGCAAGAAGAGUUAGACCAAUAUAUUAAACUUCAGAAGGAACAAUUGUCAAAAGGAGUGAGGGACAUGAAGCAAAAACACAUGGCUUCUCUCCUUACUUCGAUUGAAAAAGGCGUUACUAAGAAGCUAAAGGAGAAAGAUAUAGAGAUUGAUAACAUGAACAGAAAAAAUAGGGAGCUAGCAGAUAGAAUAAAGCAGGUGGCUAUGGAAGCACAAAACUGGCACUACAGAGCCAAGUACAACGAGUCAAUCGUCAAUGUGUUAAAAAACAAUCUCCAGCAGGCAAUAUCUCAAGGAGUUGAACAAGGGAAGGAAGGAUUCGGAGACAGCGAAAUUGACGACACUGCUUCCUACAUAGAUCCUAAUAACCUCUUCAGCGUUGCAGGCGCACAGCAUAUGAAAUCCACGUACAAGAAUUACCAAGGCAUGGAGAACCUGAGUUGCCGAGCGUGCAAGGCGAAGGAGGUUUGCAUGUUGUUGAUGCCUUGUAGGCACCUGUGCUUGUGUAAGGACUGUGAUGGAUUUAUCAAUGUUUGUCCUGUUUGCCAAUUGAUUAAGACUGGAAGUGUGGAGGUAUAUCUCUCAUAAGUCAUAACUCGCAAAAUGGAAGUACUUAAAAAGAAAAAAAGAAUCACUGUUCUCUCUGUGAAAAAGUUCAUCAUAAUGUUCAAGUUAAAAAGUACUUGUCACCUAAAAAAAAUGAACUACUUCAAGGGAUAGUUCUAUACACUUGUGUUAAUAACACUACUACAUAUGCUCCUUGUACCAAAAGCCUAUUUUUAUGUAGACUUUUUUCACCAUGGAGCUUCACCUAAUUGCUGAUGAGAUGCAUCAAUUGUUUACAA